CACUUCACACUGUACUACACAAUUCAGAGAACACUUAGGUGAGCAUUAUUUAAUUGCACUUUCACUGUAACAUUGAAAAUUAGCAUGUUAUAGAUCAUGAAACUGAAGAUAACUAGGUACUGAUACAGCCUUAUUCAAACAGAAUUGGUGGGAACCAGCUAAUCUAAGUACAAAUAUUUGUUCUAAGGUCUUGCAAAUUUUAUCACCAUUUUAUUUAUUGUGUAGAUACGUUUCUGCUGAUUAUUUCUUUAUUCUCUUCCCAAUAUCCUUCACUCUCAAUAUUAUAGAGACAGUUGAAAGAAAAGAGCCAUAAGGUAUGAGUUCUAAUCUUGGAUUCAUUACCCACAUUGGCCCUAUCCCUUCUAAUAUUCAUACUCCCUAGGUAUUUCCAAGGGUUGAAGUUUUAAAGACAUACAUGUAGAAUGUAUCAUAAGCCUUAAAAAAUUAAAUACAUGUUAUCUUUUAAUAUGUGACUUGUAUUGAAGGCAACAUCCAGGGUGUCAUUAAGAAAUGAAUAUAGUUUGAAGGAAUCGUCAGGAACAGCAAAUUUGAUGACUGCAAGUGACUCAGAGCAUGCCCACAAACCAGUGUCCCCUCCUGGAGAAGCAUGUGCCUUUGGAAAGCACACUAGAUGAAAAUCAGGUUUCUCAAACUCAGAACUCAGGGGAAAGGAGAUUGACGUGAAAAUGUACAGCCUACGAGAAAGAAAGGACCAUGUGUACCAAGAGGUCAACAAUCCCCAAGAUGAUGACUACCUUUAUUGUGAGAAGUGUGAGAACUUCAUCAACAGCUGUGCUGUGCAUGGGCUCCCUACAUUUGUAAAGGACAGUGCAGUGGACAAGGGGCAUCCCCACCGCUCAGCCCUCACCCUGCCCCCUGGGUUGAGAAUCGGGCCAUCCAGCAUCCCUGAGGCUGGGCUUGGAGUGUGGAAUGAGGUAGCUGAUUUGCCCCUGGGUCUGCACUUUGGCCCUUAUGAAGGACACAUCACAGAAGAUGAAGAGGCAGCCAAGAGCAGAUACUGCUGGCUGAUCACCAAAGGGAGAAACUGCUAUGAGUAUGUGGAUGUAAAGGACAGAUCCUGGGCCAACUGGAUGAGGUAUGUGAACUGUGCCCGGGAUGAUGAAGAGCAGAACCUGGUGGCCUUCCAAUACCAUGGGCAGAUUUUCUACCGAACCUGCCAGGUCAUCAGGCCAGGCUGUGAGCUGCUGGUCUGGUUUGGGGAUGAGUAUGGCCAGGAGCUGGGAAGCAAGUGGAAGAGACAGCUCACGACUGGAAGAGCAGAACCAAAGCCAGAGGUGCAUCCAUGUCCCUCCUGGUCUCUGGCCUUCUCCAGUCAGAAAUUCCUCAGCCAACACGUGAAACUCAAUCAUCCCUCUCAGAUUCUACCGGGAACAUCUGCAAGAAAACACCUCCAAGCAGAGGAACCCUGUCCAAAGGAUCAGAAUCUACAGUACCAACAGACUAGCACACACAGCUGGAAUGAUAAAGCUGAAGGUCAAGACGUCAAAGAAAGGUCCAAACCUUUGCUUAAAAGGAUCAGUCAGAGGAGAAUCUCAAGACCCUUUUUCCAAAUUUCCAAAGACCAAAUGAGGAGCUCUAGUGAGCAUGAGAGAAUGAUGGAGGAAGAGCCCCAUAGAGGCCAGAAAAAGAGUCCAGAGGACACCGACAAGGUAUUUGUGAAAGUAGGAAUAUCAAGAAUUGUAACGAUCAAGUAUGGAGGGUUUUGGCAAGGCUUCAGUGAUGGGUCACAUCUCUUCACACACCAGAGGACACACUCUGGGGAGAAGCCCUAUGUUUGCAGGGAGUGUGGGCGAGGCUUUAUAGAUAAGUCAAGUCUCAUCACACACCAGAGGACACACUCUGGGGAAAAGCCUUAUGUUUACAGGUAGAGUGAGUGAGUCAUUAGCAUUAAGUUGUAUAUCAACAGCCAUAGGAAGUCUACAGCAGCUUACACUCCCCAAGAUUCUAAUUAGCACAGAAAUAACUGGUUAAACAAACUCCAGUUUCAUGACAAGAUAUGAGAUGGACAGUGAUAUCGGAAUGUCAACACCAAUCUCAUUCAUGGAUUUUUGAGCUCCUAUUCUAAAACAUUUUAUCUCCACACAUAUGAAGCCCAAUAUCAUUCUCCCCCUCACUGAAAGCAGAGGUUUCCUGAAGAGCCACAAAAAGUCCUACUCAGCCACAGAAAUUCAACUGCAAAUGUGUAAAUAUGGAGUCAGUCUCUUGUUUACUGCCCAGAGAAGGAUUUGAG